GCGGAACGGGUGUAAUGAUGUACUCGCUAUUCCUCGCCUCUGUACUGCCGCUUCUCGUCGCCGGGAAGGCGACCAUUGACAGCCAGAUUGCGGCUUUGGAGGCGUCGAACUCACCGAUCCUCCAAUACCCUACGCAGCUCACGCAGAAUCUGGUCCCCAAGGCUAUUCAUUCACACAACGAUUACUGGAGAGACGUCCCUCUGCUGACUGCGAUCAGUCUCGGAGUCGCGAGUGUUGAAGCAGACGUCUGGCACAUGAACGGCACACUUUUUAUCGGUCAUGAGUUGGCUGCAUUGACUCCAAACCGUACACUGGAUUCGGUGUACAUCCAGCCUUUGCUCAAAAUUCUGGGCGAGGAGAACCCCAUAGAUCAGUUUACAGUCAACUCAACCACGCCUAACGGCGUCUUCGACACGGCUAGUGACGUACCGCUCCAGUUGCUAGUUGACGUCAAAACGGACGGCGUAGAAGCUCUGCCGUUCAUCCUCCAGGCCUUCGAGCCUCUGCGCCAAGGAGGCUAUCUCACAACAUUUGCGAACGGCACCUUGACCCUUUCAGCAGUCACUGUGGUCGGGACGGGCAACAGCCCGCUCGAACAAGUCAAGGAGCUCUCACCACGCGACUAUUUCUUCGAUGCGCCGCUGACACAGCUCACCGACCCGUCACUGAAUACGACCUGGGACCCGACGCUCUCUCCACUAGCAUCGACCGACUACGGGACCGCAGUCGGCUGGAGUGGAAUCGGCAACAUCUCUGCGGAGCAGCUCGCGAACAUCACGCAAUUCGUCGGCGACGCACACGAACGCGGCAUCAAGGCCAGAUUCUGGGACACUCCAGGCUGGCCGAUCCAUGCGCGGACCGCUGUAUGGAGAGUGCUGCUGGAGAAUGGUGCAGACUGGCUUAACGCAGACGACUUGGAAGCGGCGGCGAAUUUCUGAUUGCAAUUGAGAGUAAUGUACGGAAAGAAGAGCACUCAGUAGCAGAGAUAGUUCAUAUCGAGUUCCAUACGGAAGUGGUGUCUAUGCCUAGCUUGCGACGUGCAAACCAUCCCCGGCCAGCAUGUUCCUUGCCCAGAGCACCCUGUGCGAGGCGCAUUGCGCUCAGGCCGGUACCGGGUAGUGCUUGACCUGCCUUCAGGCGAAGAGCUUUGCGACCUGCAAGUGGUGUUUCAGGGUCUUCCUCGGCGUUGGCAUCCUGUACCAUCUCCUUCAUGGCAAGCGGUUGUGCGAGAAGAGUGUCGAUAUGAUCUUCUGCUUUUUGUCGCAACCCAGUGACGGCAUCCUUGCCCCGGAAGCGAAGCACCUUCUGCAAACUCCACCGCGUCUUCUCUCUCAACACGCCUUUCUCCUUCGGUGCUAAGGUCCGCUCGCGCUCAACAAUUCCCUGCACAUCCUCAACACCGGAAUCUACAACCUGCUUCGGACCGACGGUGUUGACUUUCUUCCCGAGGAGUUCCCAGCCGAUGGCGCGGGCAGUCAUUUCGAACUUGAUGUCCCGAGGGUUGUCCACCAAUUCGAGGAUGGCAUGCGGCGCGUUGUCGCCCGGUCGGUUGCCAAACUUGUGGAUGCGCGUGUAACCACCUUCACGAGUCUCGUACCGCUUUGCGAGCUCUUUGAAGACCUUGGGUGUGAGCUUCGGCUCGAGCAGGAAAGCAUUUGCACGCUGGUAGGCCGGAAGGUCGCCCUUCUUCCCCAUUGUGAUGAUCUUUUCCGCGAGCCUCGCGGUGUCUUUUGCCUUUGGCAGGGUAGUCUUAAUCUGCUCGUGUUUGAUGAGCGAAGUCACCAGAUUUCGCAACAUCAGCAUCCUGUGCGAAGAUGUCCUUGAGAACUUGCGGAAAGCCACGCCAUGUUUCAU